AUGGCUCUUUCGUUAGCUUUACUUCUCGUUACAAUAAAAUGUAAGUAUAUAGUUUCAUGUGCGUUUGCUAUGUUUAGGCCAUAAAAAUAUUACUUUUAAAACUAUUAUACUCUUUUAUUAUAAAAGAAAAUGACAUGAGAAUAUUAAUUAAUUACUUUGUAGCUAGGUCGGGUGGUAAUUUUUUUUCAUUUUGUUUAUACAAGGCCCUAAAUAACUUUGAUUAUUAUUAUCAUUAACGUACAUACUAUCGUUUAUAUUCCAGGCCUAGGUAUUUCUUGUGCUCCGGCAAUUUACACUCGUUCGUGGCCACACGAUUUCGACCACAUCGAAGAAAAUCAGGCAAAUAAUCAAUGGUUUAAAGAUGGAGUGGACCUAACCAGAAUAAACUUAAAUCUUCAAACGAACGAUAAUCAUGCAAAGAAUGUUAUUCUUUUCUUAGGUAAGCUUUAUUUGCGGUGCCUGCCAAGAUUGGCAUCGUCCUAUAUUCUGCCAUUGAGUUUGUUCCAGGUUUGUUUGAAUCAAAUGCUUCCACAACUGCCUAGUAAUUAAACAACAUGAGCUCCACCUUUGAAUUUACUAUAUGAGUAAAUUCUUAAACACGUCCGAAUUUAUCAUUAUGAUAAAUUCGCGGCACAUUUUGAAUUUAUCAAUAGAGUUAAUCAUAAAACCACAAUCAUUGCACAAGGUUUCUUGUUAUAAAUGUAAUGGCACUAAAAGGGAGGCCGGUUACGCAGGUGUGGGGAGCUUUUCAAGUUUUUUAAAAAAAUAGUUUUUAAAAAAUUUUAAAAAGUUUUAAAAGAGUUUUAAAAAACAAGAAAACUUUAAAAAGUUAGAUUUUUAAAAAGUUUAAAAAAUUUAAAAAGAUAAAAAAUUAGGGUUAGGGGUUAGUGGUUAGUGCAUGGUUAGGAGUAACAGUUAGGUUUAGGGGUUAGGGGUUAGUGGUUAGGGUUGGGGUUGGGGUUAAGGUUAUUGUUAGGUGCCGCGAAUUUAUUAUUAUGAUAAAUUCAAAAUUUGCCGCGAAUUUAUCAUAAUGAUAAAUUCGGACGUGUUUAAGAAUUUACUCAUAUAGUAAAUUCAAAGGUGGAGCUCAUGCUGUAAUUAAAAUAUCCUUUCAAGUUCUCCGAAUUUCCUUUUUGGCGGGAAAAUUUCCUUUCCAAUUAAUCUCGGAUUCCGGAUAACCGUUCGAAUAAGCGUAAAAUUAAAAGUGUAGUUGGAUCCAAAUUAAUUUCUAAAACAGCAUGCAGUUUUUUAGCGAUUUAUGGCCUUUGAAAGACAAGCGAAAUUGUAUUGUUGACAAGUCACUCAAAAUUAUUGGACCAAUUAAAAUGCAGUACGUUUGAUCCUUGAUAACUUUCAUAUCGUUGGUUUUCUCUUUCUCGGCCGUAUAUCACUAAAUAGAUUCGUCUCACUUCUCCCUUCAUUUUCAUAUUAUUUUGAGCCCAAGAAUUAUAUUUUGAAAGUUUAAAGCGACGUUUUAAUCCUAGCGUACGGAUUAAUGUACUGUUUAGUAAACGAGCAGGAGUGUUUUAUUAUGUUUAAAGCCACGAGCGCGCAGCGCGAUUGGCUUUAGACCUAAUCUGAAAACACGACCUGCGAGUUUAUUAAACGGCUUCAAACACGACUACAAAUUCAAUAGAUGAUACAGCCUUAUUAUAGUAUUGUUUAUAUAAGAAUACUAAUGAAACACGGCCACAAUAGAUACUGCCUUAUGGACAAUACGUUUCAUAAAAGCAUAUGGAUAUUAUUUCCAUGAUUGUAGUCUGUAGACCCUCAUAUAAACCUUAUUCAUAACAGAUACGCCGCUCAGGGCCACCCCAACUUGUCUAUGACUCAUGGUAGUUUCUUCUACACUUAUUUUAGGUGAUGGUAUGGGCAUCAGUACGACAACAGCAGCGAGAAUAUUCGAAGGUCAGAGCAGAAAUGAAGGCGGUGAAGAGAAUGUUUUAAGUUGGGAGAAAUUUCCUUACACCGCAUUAUCGAAGACCUAUAAUGUCGAUGCCCAGGUUCCUGACUCCGCCGGUACAGCCACAGCAUUUGCCACCGGAGUGAAGACCGAUAAAGGUGAGCAUAUUAAACUGGUUUGCGAAUUGGACUGGUCCCCAGGGCAUUUUGCCUGCACCGCUGAAGUCGGCGAAAAUGGCCCUGGGAUCGGCUGGUCACAUGAUCACACCCACAAUUUCUGCGUGUUUUGAUAUUUAUUUAUUUAUUUAUUAAACCUUGCCAAAAACGCGUAACAGAACAACAAAUAGACAUCUAGACAAUAAACAUGGACAAGUAUGGCAGGGACACCACAACAGUGUAAACCUAUUACUGUGGGCCCUUUAUAGAAAAGUACGCAUAUCUGAUAUCUGAAAAUUCACAAGUAAUAAAUGAGAAGUAAUGAACAAUUUAACAACUCAUUCAUCUAAAGGCUUUAUUUUUAGAAAAGUAUGCUUGGAUAAAUAGAUGAUGGAUGGAUAGAUCGUUUAAUAAAAUUAUGAUGGAUCUUGCAGUCGACAUAUGUCGAUUGAAUUAUAUGAUUAUGUACAAUAUUUACAAUAAAAUUUAUAAAUUAUUAUUAUUUUAAACUAAGUAUAAGAUAAGACUUAAAGCCAAAAAAAUUUAAAGCACUAGAGUUGUUUGAAUAAAUUAUACUGCAAUGGGAUUGUAUAGAAUUAGACAUUCCGAAGUUGAUGAGUGGACUGGGGACGAGCGUUAUAAAGUACCCAAAUUAAGAAAUGAACCAAAUAACUAAAAAGACCAUCUCAAAAUUAGUAAGUAUACAAAGUUUGAAGACGUUUACAUGAAUACCCUUCGAAUAAUAAGCUUUCGAAAAUCGCGAUACUUAAUCAGUAAUUUCAGAAUUUUCGAAAGCUUAUUAUUCGACGGAUAUUCAUGUAAACGUCUUCAAACUUAGUAUACUUACUAAUUUUGAGGCGGUCUUUUUAGUUCUUAAUAUGGGCACUUUUUAACACACGUCCCCAGUCCACUCAUCAACUUCGGCCGGAAUGGCUAAUUGACCAGCCGAUUCCAGGGCCAUUUUUGCCGACCUAUACAGCCGUGGAGACAAAAUGCCCUGGGGACGAGGUUGACUGUUUGUAAAAUUUAGACAGGAUUGUUUACUGAGGCUUAAAAUUAAUGAACUCUGAUGGAAAAUUCAGGUUGAUGCACUUCACUAGUGACAUUAUUUGAAGAUAAAAGACAGGACAUAAGAUUCACAAAGCAAGGUUCAAUUACUAGAAUAUCAAACCUCCCAUCUAACUUCCAUUGUUCGUCCAAUGUUUUGCUUAUUAAAUUUUAGAGGAAAGAAACCUCGAAUGGUUGAAUGGGGCGGCCACCAUGGGGGCUGGGGGGCUUGCCCCGCCCCAGUGUUCCUGAUAUCAUGAUGUAGAAUUGGAACGCUUCGCAUGUGACGGAAAGCAUUAAAUUUAUGCAUGUCAAAGUAUUGAAUUGUGAAAUCACUAUUUGUGUUCCACUUAAAGCCACAAUGUAGAUAUGUCCAUUAAAUCCUUUUUGCUCUAGUAUAUUUUGUCUUCUUGCUACGAGGUCGAUUGGUACUUGGGUGUUGGUGAUAGGUGUUCCAAACAGUGUAUUGAAUCGAAGGAUGAUUUGUUUCACUGCAAAUCGUACGACAAUUUUAGAUCACUGAUUAUUUCUACAAAUUAUUUUCAGGAAUUUUAGGUCUGAAUGAAAAUGCGGAGUUUGAAAACUGCGAGAGUGCCAAGGGAAAUGAAGUCCUGUCAAUUUUAACUUACGCAGAACGCAUAGGAAUGUCCACGGGUAUCGUCACGGACACGCGUGUAACCCACGCAACCCCAGCAGCAUUCUACAGUCAUACACCGUCGCGUAAUUGGGAAAAUGAUCAGGCGGCGAAAGGGGAUUGUAAGGAUAUAUGUAAGUAGAUGUGUAUAUAUGGGUAUACACGUGUAAUUAGAAUUAUGCAAUACUGACUUCUGCACAAUCCAAAAGCAGUGCUAAGUAUAGGGGACAAAAUUAUGCACUUAUGGCUUCAGCAGAGUGCUGAGACAUUCAAAUUCUAACAAUACGUUAUUUCAGUAGUUUGCGUUUUUCAGUUCUGGAACACCCUGUAUAUAUUUUUGUUAUAAUUCUGUUACAAUUUAAUUUCCAUAAGAAAUCGGCCAUUUUCGUUAUUGGUUUUAAUUCGCGCGGUCGUUUAUAAACACACCACGGAUUACAAAAUUAUGAUUGUGAAAUUAUUAUCAUUUCUUCUUUAAUUUUCAUCGAAUAUUGAGAUGGUGGAGUAAAAUUAAGUCUUGUAAUUAACAUUCUUUGCUCUAUACAAUGAUAAAUUAUUCUUAUACCCUUAAACUAUUCUUAUACCCAUAAACUAUAUAUUCUUAAGUAGGACUACGGGCCUAAAUUUGUAGCGAGGGCAUGGAUCAUGCGUUUUCCCAAAGGAAACUGAAAAUACCCCACUUUUGAUACAAGCUUCCAUCUCCGACACGUACAUAUGUACACAGAUACACAUAUACACCCAUUCGAGUCGUUGACUGCAAGUGACUAUGUGAAUGUAAAUCAAUAUUAAUUAUUUUGCUAUGUCGAUUAACAAGAAGAGUUCGGUAUCGAAGUUGUGAACACAUGAUACUCAUUAUUUACCAUUCACAACAUCGAAUUUUUUUCAAUUUGAAUUUCUGACCAACUUUAUAACUGUCGCUGAAACCCUUAUUAUAGAUGAUCAUUAUGAUACCUUAUCUUAUGCAUGAUACACAGAUAUAUAUCUAAUGGUUUUGACUAAGUUGUAUAUCUAUGGCUUUGGCUCAAUUUAUCAGUCAUUUAAUUUUUCCGUGGGUCAGCUUCCCCCUCCGCCCAAGUCCGUACGCUUAUGUAUUGCUAUCCUUAAACUAUGUUCAGUUACAUUUAAUUAAAAUUUCGUAAUAGAACAUCAUCUGUAUCCAUCGGAUAGUAAUUUCUCCAAACGCUUGAACCAUGGGUACGGUAUAAUAGACUUCGCAAUUAAUAAAACGAAGCUUUAAUUUAUAAAUACUAAAGUUUUGUCUGGGUGCUACUAAUAAACGGCCGAUUUUAAAAAGCUUAAAAAAUCACCGUUUUCGAUGGAUAGCUCAAUUUGAAGUACAAUUUCUACUGCUAUUUUCCAGCUCUGCAGUUGAUAAACUAUCCCUAUGGUAAUGGUCUUAAGGUCAUCUUAGGAGGUGGAUUGCAAAGUUUCCUAAAAUGCGGCUCAACGACUCCUGAUGGAAAUGUGAUAAAUAACACCAAGUGUCGUAUGGAUGGUCAAGAUCUUACCCAGGUAUGGCGCCGGGACAAGUUCGAAAGGUCUUCCUAUGUCUGGAACAGAACUCAACUGAAUGAUAUUGAUCCUGAGAGUGUCGACCACCUACUUGGUAAGUAUUUUGCUGAUAAUCCUGGAUAAUAGGGAGUUUACGCAUUAAGAUGGCAGCAUCAGGAUGACGGCUGUCAAUAUAAUAUCAUUAAUCCUAUAGCACAAAAGAAAUGAAUAAUUAAAAGUAUAUCUGGAGUUUCAGACGUCGUGCACAUUUUCACGUCUUGUAAAGUACGCUAGCAUUUCAAGCCGUGGCAGGCGAUUUUCUAACAGCGUUGAUCAAAAUUGCUCUGAAGGUUAAUUAAAGCUCUGUUUUACUCAUUCUAAACUGUAUUAAAUUCAGAAGAAAGUAAAUACGGGCAACAUUUUCAUACAAUCAUUUAUUUCAAAAAGUUUGUUUAGCCGUCGUCCUGACGCCGCCGUCGUACAUGCGUAAACUCCCUAAUCUAAAUUAACACUGCUUGGACUAACUUAAUGUCCCCUGGUAAAAUUUCCUGGUCAAUUUAACCCCAGUCCUGAUGUAUUUAAUUACUCCCGUGACUAAUUUAACCAGGAUUAUGCUUGAAAGUGUUUCCACUUAAAGGAAAACGUUUGUGGAAAAUGGAAAUUUGAGGCAAUAUUAGGGAAAUUUAUCUUUGAAUGUGGUAGCACUCACUAAACAAACAUGGCGUCCGGUUGUAAGGAAAAUUUUAAAAAAAGUUUAAAAAAAAUGUUAAAACCGACCUACCCUACCUAAGUUUCUACAAGAACAAAAAAAAGAAACCCACAUAUUUUUUUGGCCUUACAUUCAGCCAUAUCUCACCGAGGAAGCGACGUUGUUUUAACGUUGAGAUUUGGUUGAAAAAAGGUUGUGACGUCGACAACCUAAUAUCAACGUUGCUCUGACGUUGUUCUACAAACGUUGGUUCAACAGCAGCUAACAGACGUCGAAUCGACGUUCAUUCAUGGUUCAUUAUACGACGUUAACUUGUGAAGUAAUCUCAACGUUGAUCAACGCGGAUUCAACGUUGAAUUAUGUUUGACGAGAUUGGCAACCUAAUCUCUCAACGUCAAAACAGUAACGUUGAUCCAAUUUGCAUUUUCAAUCCUUUUUAAACGUCUAUCCAACGUCUGGGAGAUCAUUUUCGACUCCAGGAUCAUUAACUAUAGUUUAAUACCCCAAACAGUGUCCAGGGUGUUUUUUUCUCUCAAGGAUUAUUUAACGAAGAUGGUAUGACAUUUGUUAUCGAGCGGGAAGAGAAGAACAGAACCUUUGAACCGACUUUGGAAGAAAUGGUCGAGAAAGCUUUACAAAUUUUGAAGAAAAAUGAAAAAGGAUUCUUUCUGCUUGUCGAGGGUAAGAAAUGCAAUGUGUAAAGGAAAGCAAGCAAUCUAUAUUUACGUACAUUAAAAAACUUGUUGCGGUGUCUUUUUCCAAAAUUGAAAAACUAUGCAACUCGAUUAAACUUUUGCUUCAAAAACAGGAACACUCUUGUUACAAAACUCUACAGAUGAGCCAUGUUAGUUAAAGAGAUCAGGCAACGAAAUCUCAUACAAUUCAAACUGACCAAUAUCUAGCUUGCUUCGUUCUUGAAAUAUUUAACAAUUUUCGAUAUGCAAAUUAUCCUCCCUGUGACGUCAUAUUGCAUAAUGCUUGCUGGUUAUAGAUAACCGAUCCAAAUUUGUUGACAUGCUGUAUAAUAAAAAAAUUAGCAUAUUGACAUAUAACACAUAUUAACGGUUUUAUGAUUCCGAUGAAUAAUAUCCCAAGAUCUAUAUAAAAGCUUUUUUUAGAAAGUCAUGAUCAUAUGUAAUAUGACAUAAUACAUAGUGAGGAGAAUAUUUCAAGAACUAAGUAAGUUAAGAUAGGCCUGUUUCAAACGUCGCGCUUCUCGUGUGCCGAACGCAUUAGAAAAAAAUAGAUAAUGAGGCAUUUCAGUUGAUUAUCUAUUGUUUUUAAUGUGUUCGGCACAUGAGAAGGGCGACGUUUGAAACAGGCCAUAGUUUAGCCAUAUCCCAAUAUACCAUGAAACUUAAAAACGUAUAUUUGAGGACAUUGAUAAUAAAUUUGGGAAUCGCGCUUUGAACAGUGACCUGGUGGGGAAAUCGACAAUAAGAUCAGGUUUCAUAAAUAAUUUUUAAUUAAAAUUAAAAUAAGAUCUGUUUUCAAUUUCGUAUUUCUGUAUUUAAGGCGGGGAGAUCUGACUGGGGCCAUCACAAUGGAAAUGCUCAUAUCGCUCUCUCACAGACUGUUGAGUUUGCCAACGCUGUUAAGAAAGCGAAACAAUUAACAAAUGAUGGUAAGUAUAUGGAGAGAUUAUGACCCAUUGUUUUUAAUUCAAGAUUUUGUGUUGGCAUCUCACUCGAUUGAAUAAUAGUUGAUGGGUCUUGUAGAUGGAAAUUAUUAACAAUUAUUGGAUGAGGCUGAGCAGGCUAUCCAGAAUUAUUUAGACCGAGGUCAAUGUAGAUAACAUUGACCGAGGUCUAAAUAAUUCUGGUAUCCUGCGCAAGCCGAAUUCAAUAAUUGUUUUAUUAUUCAUUUUGUGACAGAAAGAAAAUGAAACAAGCAACAAUUGAAAACAAAUAAAUAUUCAUUGAAUUGAUUAACUUUUCGUAAAUAUAAAUAUUGAAAACCUCUCUUGCCAGUUUAGUACUUUUUUUGGUGUUCUCUGAGUCCUUUUGUUUUCCACGAUUUUUUCAAUUUCCUGCGUUGAAAACGUUGCGAAACGAGCACUAGCCAUUGUAAACAAUUGAAAAAGCCGCUCAACUAAAAAUUUCCCGCCAAUUUGUAUUUUCACAUAAAAUACCGCUGAAAUAUCUUGGGCGCCGCCCAAUAACCUCUGCAGAUUACUGUUUCCGCUGGAAAUAGCGCAGGCACCUAUAAAUACCCAGAAUUAUUUGUAGGCUCUUAGCCAAUGAAAAACCGAGAACACAGUACAAUGAAUAAUAAUCGCGUGUAAUUUUUCACUAUGAGCUCCACCUUUGAAUUUAUACAAAAUGAGUAAAUUGUUAAACACGUUCGAAAUUAUCAAUACAGUAAAAUUAGCGAUAUACACCUCCCUUUUAGUGCGAUAACAUUUAUAUAUUAACCACCGUUUAUAACAAAAAGUCUUGUCUAAUGCUUGUGGUUUCAUGUGGAGUUGUAAAUUUAUUGUAUUGAUAAUUUCGGACUUGUUGCGAAUUUAUUCAAUAAUAUAUAUUCGCAACAAGUCCGAAAUUAUAAAUACAAUAAAUUAUAACGGUAUUGAUAAUUUCGGACGUGUUUAACAAUUCACUCAUAUAGUAAAUUCAAAGGUGGAGCUCAUAUUGCAGCUACUUUUUAUAUUCAUUUGUUAGACCUAAUCAAGAACAACUGCGAAAAAUGCAACUAUACGUCCUCUACUAUUCUGGCAGGAUUACAGGAAUCGAACCUACGACCCUGCGCGCGAUUCCGGUGCAUGCAGCGCUCUAACAAACUGAACAAAAUCUUGAUAUUUACUCAUAGCUUUACAUGGCAGUACCCCAGUAUAUACACAUGAACUUAUUGCUAGACGUCAUGCAACAACUAUAGACUUAGAGCGCUGCACCGGACUGACCGGAGGGCCACAGGUUCUAUUCUUGCUGGAGGAUGCAUAGUUGCAUUUUUUGCGCUGUUCCCGGUUAGGUCUUUUAUUAGCAACGGUAUUAUUUCACAAAUGUACAUCAAAAUUACACGCAAAAAUUUCCAUCUACAAAACCCAUCACCUUUUUUAUUCACCCUUGUUAUGACACUAUUUACUUAUUUUUAUUAUUAUUAUUAUUGUUAUUAUUAUUAUUAAUUUAUUUCGCCCAAUUUUCCAAAGUACAAUAAAAUUUAACUAUUUACAUUUUUAUAAUCUAUACGUAGGGCUAGGGAUCCUUUCGAAACCCUUUUGGGCUUUUAUUUUAAAAGCCCUAGUUAUAACAAAACCUUUUUUUACUUAUUAUAAUUUCAUGAUGUCAUAAAAAUAGUACAUAAUAUAAUAACGAAAAUAUAUACAAUUGUGAGAGUGUUUAAAGGAAAGUUAGUCUAUUUACAAGAUUUUUCAGAUUUUUUAAACUUUAUACAUUAAAAUAGGAUGAUUAAUUAGCUGAUUGGUAUACAGUAUAUAUUUUCACAAUUUUGUUGAAAGCCAUAUAAGAUCCAAUAUUUUUGACCUCAGUACUUAAAUUAUUCCAAAUGUCAAUACCUUUACUAACAACAGAUUGUUUUCUAUAUAGUUUGUUCUUGUAUAAACUUUAUGCAAUUUUUUUGAAAAAAUACUUGACUAAGUACUAUUUAAAACACGAGCAGGAGCGCUUUAUUAGUUAUAAAACACGAGACCAAUGCCAAGAGUUUUAUAUCUGAUAAAGCACGAAGCCACGAACUGCGAGUGUUUCGAGAAAAUCAAAGCUAAAGUGUGUAAAUUAUCAUAAUUUUUUAAUCACAUAUAAACCCACGACACGGUAGUGAUUUCCUUUGUCUUUUCCUCGUGAAUUAUUAAUGAGUUAUAUAUUUAAGGUCAAAGUAACGGAGAGCCUCUGGUCACAUCGAUUGCAAAUCCCACUUCCACAUUUGAUUAUGUUCAGAAUCUGAAUCUCGCAUGUGAUUGGCCUUUUGUAAAACUAUGUCAAACCGUUUAAAUUUUGGGAAAUAAACAUUACUGUAAGCUAAUAAUAGUUAUGAUCAGCUUACCGUAGUGUUUAUUUCCCAAACCGGUUUGAUAUAUUUUUACAAAUGGCCAAUCACAUGCGAGAUUCAAAUUCUGAAAAUAAUCAAGUGUGGAAGUGGGAUUUGCAAUCGAUGUGACCAGAGGCUCUCCGUUCUCGCCUCUCGUUUCUUUCUCCUUGCAAAGAGCCUCUGGAACCAGGGUAGCCUGUUUUAUACGUCGAAUUUCGGUCGCGUCGAAUGCAAUUCAAACAAUACUGAUAAAGAGGUUUAUCAUCGCAUUAUCUAUUGUCUUAAUUGCAUUCGACGCGACCAAAAUUCGACGUAUAAAACAGGCCUAAAUAGGAAAGUACAAGAGCUAUAGGAGUUAUCACUCGCGUUGGUAAUCCGAAUGCAAAUUUCCCUUUGUCUUAUAUUUAAUACUUAUAUACAAUGUUUUGAAGGGCUAAAUUUUCAUAUUGUGCGUUUAAAUCACCGUUUCUCGUGUUUGAAUAGAGGAUACCCUAAUGAUAGUGACCGCUGACCAUUCACAUUCAUUCGUCUUGUAUGGUAGUCCUGUUCGCAACAACCCCAUCCUAGGUUUCCAGAAGACAAUUCCCCCUGAUGGUAAGCCAGCUCUUUCCUUGGCAUACUCUGAUGGUCCAGGCGGGUUAAAACCUAACACAGAGAGGGCGAACCUUACUGGAGUCAAUUACAAUGCAACUGAUUUCAACCAGCAGGCUUUAAUUUGGACGUACUCAGAAAGCCACGGGGGCGAAGAUGUGGGUAUGUAAUAUACACGCACGUGACCAGAUAUAUACUCAAGAGUAUUAAAGACAAACUAUACAAAUUACGUAGAAUACAUUGGUAUUUUUUGUUUUCUUCGACCACGCUACAAAUAUGCAUUUCAAAUCAUGCAUUUCUUGUUUGUUUCAAGUAUAAAUCUCAUAUAAUUAUAUAAUAAACUUUUUAUUAACCUCGCUUGCUCGGUAGCCUCGUCCGCAGGCAUCUCGUGGUCCCUGCACAGAGGUAACCCAAUAAGAACAUCAGGUAUUUGAAUAACUAAAUUAUAUAAGUUCUCGACGAUAAAAGAGAUGCCUGCGGAGGAGGCUAGCUUGCUCGGUAUGUACAGAGAAAUAAGGGCUCGGUCUGUACAAAAAAGACCUCGGUCCGAUAUUUCUCUGACAGACCUCGCGUUCGGUUAAUAAGAAGUUAGUAAAUUAACUUCGUCAAAAUAGGAGUUUAAGAUAAGUUUUUAGUAGAUGGAAACUUGAGGGGAAAAUUAAUAGAUACAAUUUUAGACAUAUCAAACACAUAGCGCAACAACCUGUGGUCUAAAUAUAUUGCUAUAAUACGCAUACAUCUUAUAUUGGCAUCACCUGGUGGUAUAUACAGUAUACAUGAACUUGCGGUUAGAGCUCGUCAGCUUGACAACUGGCCUCUGUAGCUCAGUUGGUUAGAGCCUGUAGUUGAAUCUUUUGCAACUGCUCCUGGUUAAGUUAUUGUUCCAGACAUAGGAAGAACUAUCGCAUACGGUUUGAACGCUCUCUGGUUCAAAAUAUUUAUUAAUAUAAAUCCAGGUUUCGCCUCUAACAUCUUUAAACAUAUAUAUCUUUUAUUUUUCUAAGGUAUUUAUGCGAUAGGACCGCAGGCUCACCUAUUCCACGGCGUCGUCGAGCAAAACUACAUUUUUCAUGUGAUGGAUUACGCGCUAUGCCUGACUCCUAGUAAGUGGAACUUAUCCUGCGAACGGGCGCCAGACGAACGAAGAAGCGGACGAAGACGCGGCGGACGAACACACGGCGGACGAAAACGUCUCGGAGGAAAAUACUAUUAAUAUACCUUCGUAAAUAACGU